CUAAAACUUAGAAACUAUGUCUGGUUCAUUUUGUGGGGUUUUUUUUAAAUUCAGAAACGCGGGAAUGUCUCACUAUAGACAGAUAUAAGAGUCGCUGUAACAUCUACGGGUACCCAAACAGAAUUUGAGGCAGACUGUUUACCUGUCAAUCUGAAUGAAAGCAUGGACUCAAUUUCCAGCCUCGAGUCAACAGAGUCAGAGUGGAUCCCACAAGAGGAGGUGGACAUGACAGAAAAUGACGAAAACAAUAAUCCCCACGACAUAACCGUACCACCACAAAAUCACCAAAGCAGAAAAUUUGUUGUUUUUGAAGAGUGCCUUGAUCAGCUUUUGAACCAAUGUGUUGCAUGUGGACACAAAUGUGUGACUAACAAGACUGUUGUUGGGAGUAUGCUGUCUGUGUCAAGAAUAUGUGUUUGUGGUGAAAGUUUUACAUGGAAAUCUCAACCUCUCAUUGGAUCAAUGCCUGUUGGAAACCUUGUCCUGUCUGCUGCAAUUCUGAUAAGUGGGAGCAGUAUAGUUCAAAAAACUUGAUGAUGUUUAAUCAUGCGAACAUAGCGUGCUUUUCAGAAAGGACAUUUCAUAAUAUUUAACAAAGUUACUUGGUGCCAGCCGUAGAGCGGGUAUGGAAAGCUCAUCAGGAUGCCCUUUUUGAUAACAUACGACGAGACAACACUCCUGUUAUUGCUGGUGGAGAA